AUGGUCAAUAUCGCUAUCGCCGGUGGCUCUGGGCAGGUGUCUCAGGAAAUCGUAGAUGCUCUGCUUGCAUCUAAAAAUCACACAAUCACGAUCCUCAGCAGAAAGGGCACUCCAACGGCCCUCGGAAGAUCCAAUAUUCAUUGGAAAACUGUGGAUUAUGACAAUAAAGUAUCCCUGGUCGAUGCUCUACGGGGUGUUCAUACCGUCUUGUCAUUCAUCCAAUUACUCUCUGACCCCGGCCAAAAGUCACAAAGGAACUUGAUCGACGCCUCAAUUGCUGCUGGUGUGAAACGCUUCUCACCUAGUGAAUAUGGAAGCAAAGGAACGGUUGAUAUGAGUUGGUGGGAGGGGAAGGAGAGAGUCCGAGAGUACUUGGAGGAGGUGAACGCUGGAGGGCAGGUUCUGGAGUACACAUUGUUCCAGCCUGGCCUUUUCCUGAACUACCUUGCGUAUCCUCACAAGACGUCGAAGCAUGUUGAUCCUCUUCAGAGUGUCUUUGAUUUUGAGAACAAGCGGGCAAUUUUUGUCGAAGACCAUGAGGAUGCCAUCAUGACACUUACCACGGUGGCAGAUCUUGCUGCAGUAGUUGCUCGAGCUGUUGAAUAUGAGGGGAAGUGGCCUAAACGAGGCGGUAUUUGUGGAAACAGGAUGACCUUUUCCGAAGUCAUUGAGCUUGGAGGAAGGAUUCGAGGGAAACCAUUUAGCAUAGACAAAGUUUCGAUCAAAGAUCUCGAAGCUGGCGAUCUCAAGACAUCUUGGAAUCUAGAAGCAGUCCAUAAAGCUGUUUCGGACGAGCAAGCAUCGUCUCUCUUGAAGGCUGUUUCCAUCGGAAUACUACUCAGUAGCACCAAAGGUGCUUGGGAUAUUUCGAAUGAGUGGAAUGAGCUAUUGCCGGAUUUCAAGUUCACCCAGGCCGAGGAUUUUCUUGGAAGCAUUUGGGAGGGAAAACCAUAA